AGUCCCAAGGACUGUUAUAUGGUUUGGUGACUGUUACUCCUCCGUUCACUCUUUCAUUCGCCGUUUAUUUUUAAAAGCCGCCGUUCACAGCCAGCGAAGGAAGCUUCUAGAGGGAGAGUGGUUUCAGUUACACGAACUAACACAUUGUUGUUGUGACGAUGAGCGGAGCUUCAUUGAGUGGCCUCCAAGACCACCUCAAAUUGGCCAGAGAAUACGCUGUCGAAGGACUCUACGACACCUCAAUCAUCUUCUUCGACGGCGCCGUUGCACAGAUCAACAAGCACCUAAACAGUGUGGAUGACCCUUUAAUCCGUGCGAAGUGGAUGAACGUGAAGAAAGCCCUAAGUGAGGAAACGGAAGUUGUGAAGCAAUUAGAUUCGGAGAGAAGGGCAUUUAAGGAAAUCCAAAGUGGACGACGCCCAGCUUCACCACCAAUAGCAUUGUCUGGUAAAUCGUCCUUUGUUUUUCAACCGUUGGAUGAGUAUCCCACUUCUUCUUCAUCUUCAGCCGUCGAUGACCCCGAUGUGUGGAGGCCACCUAGUCGAGAUGCAGGUAGAAGAUCCACCGCAACCACAAGGCCCAAUUCUCGUAAAGAUGGUGUUUGGGCUCGAGGUUCUAGCAGUACCAGAACCGCCACUACAACUGGUCGUGGCGCAAAGGCUAAGGUUAACACUGGAGCACGAGCAUCAACCACGGGCAAGAAAGGCACUGCUUCUGGAAAGUCGUCUAGUAAGGCAGAUUCACUUAGUGGUGAUGGUGAGGAUGGGAAGUCAAAGAGGGCACAAUAUGAAGGUCCUGAUCCUGACUUGGCCGAAAUGCUUGAAAGGGAUGUGUUAGAAACCUCUCCUGGUGUUAGAUGGGAUGAUGUUGCGGGCCUCACUGAAGCCAAAAGACUUCUAGAAGAAGCUGUUGUUCUUCCCUUAUGGAUGCCUGAAUAUUUCCAGGGAAUUAGGAGACCGUGGAAGGGUGUUCUCAUGUUUGGUCCUCCCGGAACUGGGAAGACGCUGCUUGCUAAAGCAGUUGCUACUGAAUGUGGUACUACUUUCUUUAAUGUUUCUUCUGCUACUUUGGCUUCUAAAUGGCGUGGAGAGAGUGAACGCAUGGUACGGUGUUUGUUUGAUCUUGCAAGAGCAUAUGCACCGAGUACAAUUUUCAUUGAUGAAAUUGAUUCUCUUUGCAAUGCUAGGGGGGCUUCUGGGGAGCAUGAAUCGUCCAGAAGGGUGAAGUCUGAACUUCUAGUUCAGGUUGAUGGUGUAAAUAAUAGUUCGACAAAUGAAGAUGGUAGCCGUAAAAUAGUUAUGGUUCUGGCAGCCACCAACUUCCCAUGGGACAUAGAUGAGGCACUGAGGAGAAGGCUGGAAAAACGUAUAUAUAUUCCUCUACCAAAAUUUGAGAGUCGUAAAGAGUUGAUCCGUAUCAACUUGAAGACUGUAGAGGUGGCCACGGAUGUCAAUAUAGAUGAAGUGGCUCGCCGGACAGACGGCUAUAGUGGGGAUGAUUUGACAAAUGUAUGCCGUGAUGCCUCUCUAAAUGGUAUGAGACGUAAGAUAGCGGGAAAAACUCGUGAUGAGAUCAAGAACAUGCCUAAGGAUGAGAUUUCAAAUGAUCCUGUUGCGAUGUGCGAUUUUGAAGAAGCUUUGAAGAAAGUCCAACGAAGUGUUUCUCAGGCUGACAUUGAGCGCCAUGAGAAGUGGUUCACUGAAUUUGGAUCAGCAUGAGAAGAUGACUUAGAAUGAUUUUUUUUUUUUUUUUUUUUUUUUUAAAAAUUACUUUUCUGCACUGGCUGGAUGGUUUGCCCCUAUUUUCUUUUUUUGGUCAAUAUUUCGUUUGUUAACUGAUGGUUGUUCAUUAAUUAUAAAAAAUGAUGGUUGUUGGUUGAAAUUCUCAGGUGUUGGAGGGGAUCUUCAAUGGUUUCUUUGUAUAUGUACAAUUGAUGAUUAUAUGUUUUCAGAUUGAUUAAUGGAGCGGUUGG